GUUUACUGCCUGAGCGUGGAGGGGCGCUAAUGACACCGAUUCUUCACAUUGUAAACACACUGAGCCUCUUCAUUCACCGCAUCGGAAUUACUUGCACAAUGUCGCGGCGCCUUCUACACAGGCCUCAGCAACCUUCAGUAUUUUCCAGGCUUUAAAAGAAUCUCUCCGUGCUGCUUCAUUGUCUGACAUUCUCCACGUCGUUGGAACUAAAGAUAUCAAAACAUGGAACUGUGGCUUUAACUAACAAUGCUAACGUUAGCACAGCUGACUAACAGCCCACCAGUCUCUCUCGUUUUAGAUGAAAUAUCACUGUUAUCUUGAAAUCUGUAUCAUCAUUUGCACAGUGGAUAGAUUUUAGCUUGGCUUGGAUGUCAACAGCGUCAGGGACAAGCCUAGUGUGAUCAUCCAGUUGUCUUUUAGCUUGUGAGUUAGCAGCUGUUAUUGAUGGUGUUUGCUGGACGUGGUACAGUCAGAUCAGUUCAGUCACUGUACGUGUAAAGAUAGAUAAAUGGGGAGUUUUUAACUAGAAUAUCGGUUUAAGUUGGCAUUUUAGGGUCUACAUUGUCGGUCAUAAUGGUGUUGAGGAGUUGCUGGAAAUCUCGACAUAAAAACGGAUCUGGACCCGCUGCUUCUUGCUGGAUCCGACCAGGAUUGGCAACCCUGCUCUGGUUAUGUGUGACCCAGUUUGCUUGCGGAGUUGGGGCUGUAGGGGAGACCAAAAACGUGGUCCAGAAAGACGCAGAGUUCGAUAUCACCUACAAUGACAGGGUUACAAGCGAGAAUCAGACCAUCUAUGCUUUCAAUCACACAAUUUCCAGGAACAAGACGGAGGGAGUGCGUGUCACUGUGGAUGUGUUGUCAUGGGGUUUGGAGAGUCCGAUCCUGUUUGUAGUCCGACAGAAGCAAGCUGUGCUGUCUUUUCAAGUCCCCCUCAUACUAAGAGGCCUCUACCAGAGGAAGUACCCGUACAAUCAUGUGGGCCGAACGCUGUGUCAGCCUCCGACCCGGGCCCUCUCCGAGACCCAGUACUUUUUUGUGGAUGUGUCCACCCUCUCCAGCCAGGGUACCAACUACCAGCUCAGGGUCAGCCGUGUGGAAAGCUUCACCCUGCAUACGGACAAGAAAUUCAGCUUUACUGCGUCGCCAUCCCAACCUCAGUACUUCAAGUAUGUCUUCCCAGACGGGGUGGACACUGUGGUCGUUAAGGUCAACUCAGAUAUGACCUUUCCCUGCUCCGUGAUGUCUGUGCAGGACAUUCAGUGUCCUGUCUUUGACCUUGACAACAACGUGGCCUUCACUGGGAUGUAUCAGACGAUGACCAAAAAAGGCGCCAUCACUGUGCAGAGGAAAGAUUUUCCCAGCAACAGCUUCUAUGUAGUGAUCGUGGUAAAAACAGAAGACGAGGCAUGUGGUGGUCCGCUGCGCUUCUACCCUCUCCGUCCUGAUGAGCUGAUCGAUGCUGGAAACAGAAGCAAAGCUAUCAAUGUGGUAGUCUCGCCUGCUAUUAACUCAGAGGUGUAUGUCAUGGGCAUGCUGUUCUGUCUGGGUAUCUUCCUCUCCUUCUACCUGCUCACCUUGCUUGUCGCCUGUGUGGAGAACAAGCGGAUGAAGAAGAGGGAGGUGUUUGAGAUUCCUGCUGACAUGUCUCCUGCUGAGACAGCUUCUCUGCUCGGGAAGAACGGAGAUGGCACGAUUCCAGCAGCACCAUAUGAAUAUGGCUCCUUUGCUGACAACGGCAGCACACUCAGCUCAGAGGCCAUCACUGACAGUGCCACAUCCACCGACAACAACUAUGGUUACAUGGAGCGGUCACUGGAAAGUGUUGGACGGAGCAGACACGAGUCCCUGAGUUCUGUGGAGGAGGAUGAUUACGACACACUGGAUGACAUUGACUCAGACAAAAAUAUAGUCCGCACCAAGAAAUUUCUAUGUGUGUCUGACCUGGCCCGCAAAGAUAAAAGGAUCCUCAGCAAGAAAUACCAAAUCUACUUCUGGAACAUCGCCACUAUCGCUGUGUUUUACGCCCUGCCAGUCAUCCAGCUGGUGAUCACCUAUCAAACGGUGGUCAAUGUCACAGGAAACCAGGACAUCUGCUUCUAUAACUUCUUGUGUGCCCACCCUCUGGGAGCUCUGAGUGCAUUCAACAACAUCCUCAGUAACGUUGGAUACGUGAUGCUGGGACUCCUCUUCCUCCUCAUCGUCCUCAAAAGAGAUAUCAUCCACAAUCGAGCUCUCAUUCGCAAUGAUCUCAAUGCGUUGGAAUGUGGAAUCCCAAAGCACUUCGGUCUGUAUUAUGCCAUGGGAACUGCUCUGAUGAUGGAGGGCUUACUCAGUGCCUGCUACCACGUCUGUCCAAACUACACCAACUUCCAGUUUGACACCUCCUUUAUGUACAUGAUUGCUGGACUCUGCAUGCUGAAGCUGUAUCAGAAGAGACACCCUGACAUCAACGCAAGUGCUUACACUGCUUACGCCUGCCUGGCUGGUGUCAUCUUCUUUUCUGUGCUGGGAGUGGUGUUUGGAAAGGGAAACAUGGUCUUCUGGAUCGUUUUCUCUGUGAUCCACAUUCUGGCCACUCUCCUGCUCAGCACACAGCUCUAUUACAUGGGCCGAUGGAGGUUCGAUUCUGGGGUCCUGCGCAGAAUAGUGUACAUCAUCUACACAGACUGCAUCAGACAGUGCAGUGGACCGAUGUACAUUGAUCGAAUGGUUCUUCUCGUCAUGGGGAACAUAGUCAACUGGUCUCUAGCUGCCUACGGCCUCAUAGAGAGACCAAAUGACUUCGCCUCCUACCUGUUGGCCAUCGCCAUCUGCAACCUGCUGCUCUACUUUGCCUUUUACAUCAUCAUGAAGCUGCGGAGUGGUGAGAGGAUCCAGUGUCUUGCGUUGGUGUGUAUCCUGUUCACAGCUGUGGUGUGGGGCUUUGCACUGUACUUCUUCUUCCAGGGACUCAGCACCUGGCAGAAAACUCCGGCUGAGUCUCGUGAACACAACAGGGACUGUAUCCUGCUGUCAUUCUUUGACGACCACGACAUUUGGCACUUUCUGUCCUCCAUCGCUAUGUUUGGAUCCUUCUUGGUCCUCCUUACCAUGGACGACGACCUCGACUACGUCCAGAGAGACAAGAUCUUCGUCUUCUAGAUGCGUCAGAUCUUCUGUGAUGAGCUCAGCUCUUCCUCUCUGCCUUAUCGCCCUCGCCUCUCUGUUUGCACCCUCUUCAUGUACGUGAAAAGAAGCACAGCCAGUAGCCGUUUUUCUUUCCUCCCAGGCUGUACAGAAGGCACCUCUCUGCCUCACUGCAGCCAGUCAGGGGCGGGCAUUACCCCCCCCCCCUCCCUCCACAUGUGUAUGGACACAAACGUGCCAACAAGAUGCUGAAGUGUUUUGUCCUCUCGCUGCCAUCAUGAGUAUAACUGUCGUAAUCAAUGUUUACUUACUGCUGACGAUGUAAUUAACAAUGUACACUCAAGAGAAAAGAGAAAUGAUCUAAAUUAACUUAUUUUAUACUGUCUGCAUUACAUUUGGCAUUUCAAGUCAACAAUGCAUUUGGAAAUGACCGUUUGUAUGCUGUUUAUAUGCUGUAUGUGUUUGUACAGAUGUGUGUGUGUGUUUACAAACAUAAACGUGAGAACAUGGAUUCUGUCUGUCAGUGGCCUUUAACGUCCAAAUCAUGUUAGUCACAUACUGUGCUCUGAUUGGUCAGAUCCUUCAGCUAGCCGUCCUUCUCAUUGGAGAAUAACAAUGGUUAUGAUUGUAUUGACUUCUCGACUGCCCUCAAGUCUGAAUGCAAAGCGGCUUAUUUGCACUGUACUGUAAUGAAAAACAACAGAAUUUAAUGUUGAUAUUGCAAUGAGCGGUUACUGAAUAAAGGACUCAUUUUCAGA